AUGUCGACCGUGAACGAUAAAACAAAGCACAAAAGCAAGCGCGCCAGUGAACCAACAAUGUUCACAUUGAAAUGUGAUCGUCCACUGAUGAGGAGUGUUGAACCACACCGAGUUCGAGCAACGACUCAACGAAAUGCCCAUCUGGCAAUACUAUUAAAAUCAAACCACACGUGCAUUGAAACUUUCAACAGCCGCCAUUUUAAGAUUUCAAACAAUGUCUGCGGAAGCAAAAUUGAGCUGGAAAUUGUAAGCAUCGACGAAGAAACCGUAAAAUUCGUCGAGCUGCUCGAGAAUUUUGGUUUAUCAGUUGAUACUAUUAACGUAAUUUUGGCAAAUCGAUACACAGCCGAAACGCUUAAGAUCGUCGAGCGGAAAGAAGUGGAGGAGCUUAUUCCUCAACCUUUCCUAGCGGAGAGGACCAAGUUUAUUCACGCUCUUAACGGGUGGCGAAAGCAGCAGAAUCUCCCACUGCUAUCAGGAGUCAGUAACGAAGCAGAAAAGAUUCCUGAACCUGAAAAAGAUAUAACGCGGGAGAAGUGUACUGCCACGUAUUUGAUUACGUCUUCAGCAAAAGGUCGGGCGAUUCUCGGAAAGUAUGCUGUGAAUCCGUUUCUAUCUAGAACCGACAAGAAAGCCAUCACACAGAUCGUAGUGGACGAGUUUAAGGAUCGCUUCUCAAAGUUGUCCUCAUCUGAAUUGGAGCAAAGGGCCGCAGAGUUGACAAAACUAUUUCCCAGUGAGCCAAAGGAUAUUUGGUAUCAAUCACCAUGGGGAACGGACAGCACAGGCCGUAAGAUCAAGCUAAGGAAACAAGCAAAAGGAAAACUGUACGACCGCAACAUCAAUUACAAGCUGACCUCCACAGAUGAAUCACACCUACCGACCGCGUCUGAAUCCGGAGCAUCCCAUUCGGCAGCUGGGAUAAGUGACGAACAAAUUGCGGAGUACCAGCUGGUCAAAAAGUGGAUUAUUCACAAUCAAGAUGAGUGGGAAGAGCUCAAGGCUAAGUGGAAACAAACUUCAAAAUUAAGAAUCUACGAACUAUCAAAGAACAGCCACAAAAGCACCGCCUCGGUCAUAUCGGAUUAUCCAGUUCUGCGUAACCACAAAGCAUACCAACUUGUCCAAAUCGACUUCCAGCAACGAUAUCCAGAGAAAGAGAAAUUACUUUACGAUCGUUGGGACCAAUUCCUGUCGGGCGUUUUUCCUAUUUUGGAGGUUGAAAUAACUGAUGCUGAAGGCAAGACUUUGCUUAAUCUACUGAGAGAUCAAGAAAUAACGAAUGAUGGCCGAGGUCUCAUAACAGUUAUGCUGCUAGCCCACAUGUUACCAUGUCCUGUGCUGACAACAUCCCAAAAGCGACGCUGGAAGCCAUCAAUCGUGGAGUCGCGAGACAGCGUGAUCGUUGUGAUUAAAAGCUUAACUGACCUUCAGACGACCUUGGCUAAAUACUUCAAGUCAUGUCGUGAAAAGGAAUUAGAAACAACACCAUUCAUCGUAGUUCAUGGAAGCGACCCGAAACGUCCCGAAGGGUUCUCGGUUUGGAACAACGUAGUUUCAUACAAGCUACCAAACCUACAGAAAGCUUUCGACGUUUGCAUCAAGCUAUAUAAAUCUUACGACAUCGAAUUUCCUCGGCAAUCUUCGCAGAUAUGGAACUUGCUGGCCACGUACCUCUACGGUUUUGAAGCUCCGCCUGGUCAAACUGUCGUUGGUGCCCUCUGCUCUUCCAUUCGUAACAAUACAACGACACAAUGAUUCGUUGUGUUGCACCACGAUGCAAAUGGACAAACAACUCGUUACAUCGGUUACAUGAUCACCUAAACAAAUACCACGGAAAUCUUCAAGUCUACGAAUGCAAUAUUGGUGAUUGUACCAGAAAAUACAAUGUAAAAUAUUCAUUUUAUCGCCACCUGAAAACACAUUUUAAUGAACCACCAAAAGCAGAAACAGUCCUAAACAUCGAAAAAUCCAGUAACAGUUCAAACGAUUUCGCUACAGCAUAUGCCGAAAAUACACCUGAUGAUGUACAUGAACAAACUGAGAAUGGUUUCCUUUGUAAUGAGCCUGCUGCAAGAAGUAAUGUAAACCUAGAACCUCAACAAGACGCGCUAUGCACUUCAAAAUUGAAUUCAUUAAUACAAGAAAUAGAACUCCUUUCUCUAGAUUUUGGCUUAAAAUACUUAAACGCCAAUACAAUUCCACGAAAAGUUGUUUUCGAUAUUCAAAAAGAUGUUAGAUUGAAAAUAAUAGAGCCGUUUUCAGAGGCAAUUAACAUGAUGGGUUUUCACGGCAUGAUAACGGAUGAAGGGAAACAAAUUUUAAGCCAAAUGCUCUCGGCAGCAAAUUUCGUAGAAACAGAAUAUAAGUAUCUCAACAGAUUGAAAGAGCUUGAUCUGUAUGUUGACCCGAAAGAAUUUGUUAUAAGCGACGAGCUUCUUCCUGGUGUCGUACACAAUGAGCAGAUGAUGGAUAACGACCCAGUGACAGGUAGAGUAAUAAUUAAUAAUUAAUUGUCCAGUUUAUUCAUUAUAUGUACACUUUUACAGGUAUUCUUCUGCCUUUGUCAUUCACUUUGAGAAAGUACUUGGAAUCCGAAGGAGUCAUGGACACUUUAAUUAAUAGUAUCAUUCCAUCUGAUGAUAACUAUAUUCGGAGUCUAAUAGACGGGAGUGUUUGGAAAACCAGAACAGCAGGUCUCGAUUCGAUUCGAUUCACUACUACCGAUACAGUGUCACCUCAUGCAGCACGUACCUCUAUAUGUGGAAUUUAUUGUUACAUACCAUGUC